AUGACACAUUCUGCCUCACUUUCAUUCGUCUUCUUUUUGCCUUGCUUGUCUAUCAAUGGCGUCAAUCUAAAGCCAAAAAUGUCUGAAAGUUGCCUGGAGAGACAUGUGGCCGUAUGUUUGAUUAUUUUUCUUUCUUUCUUUAUUUUUUUUACGUCCAUUAACACCCCUAUUUUUUUUUCUUUCUUCCGCAAUUCCUUUCUUUAUCAUAUCCUUUAUCGUUUGUAUCUUUUUUCUUACUUAUCAAUCAAUUAUUUUUUUUUUUUACUUUUCUUCCUGUUUUCUAUUACUUCCUCCACGUUUUUUCUUGCUUGUCUUUUUGGUUUGUUCUUUCUUUCUUUGCUUUUCAGUAAUUAUUUGCUUUCUUUCUUCCUUCCUUUCUUUCAUCAUCAUUUCUUUGUUUCCUUUCUUUCUUUCUUCUUUCUUUCUUUCUUUACGUUUCACUUUUAUUUACCAUCCGUCCUUCCUUUCCUCCUUCCUUCCUUCCUUCCUUCCUUCCUUCCUUUCUUUCUUUCUUUCUUUUCUACCUGUUAUUUUCUUUCCAGUAUUUAUUUGAUUUUCUUUCUUUCUUUUUUCUUUCUUUCUUUUAUUUUCUUUCUAAAAUUUAUUUUCUAUUCUUUCUUUCUUUCUUUUAUUUUCUUUCCAAAAUUUAUUUGCUAUUCUUUCUUUCUUUUCUAUUUUUUCUUUCUUUCUUUUUUCUUUCUUUCUUUUAUUUUCUUUCCAAAAUUUAUUUUCUAUUCUUUCUUUCUUUUCUAUUUUUUCUUUCUUUCUUUUUUCUUUCUUUCUUUUAUUUUCUUUCCAAAAUUUAUUUUCUAUUCUUUCUUUCUUUUCUAUUUUUUCUUUCUUUUCCUUUUUUUUUUAUUUCUUUUAUUUUCUUUCCAAAAUUUAUUUUCUAUUCUUUCUUUCUUUUCUAUUUUUUUCUUUCUUUCUUUUUCUUUCUUUCUUUUAUUUUCUUUCCAAAAUUUAUUUGCUAUUCUUUCUUUCUUUUCUAUUUUUUCUUUCUUUCUUUUUUCUUUCUUUCUUUUUUUUCUUUCCAAAAUUUAUUUGCUAUUCUUUCUUUCUUUUCUAUUUUUUCUUUCUUUCUUUUUUCUUUUUUUCUUUUAUUUUCUUUCCAAAAUUUAUUUGCUAUUCAUUCUUUCUUUUUUCUUUCUUUCUUUAUUUGUUUUCUUUAUACAAGUGUUUCAGCAGCAUUUUAUUUUUUUUAAAUAG